AUGGCUAGUAAACACGGCCGCGGUAGUCCACUCAUAACCCGUAUCUGCCUGCUCAUUGGUCCUGUACUGGCACUGGGGAUAAUAAGGCCCCUGCGAUGGUCAGGUAUCAGCAUGGCCUUGAUGAUGGCUGCCAUGAGUACCUUGGUUUAUCUGUUCUUGCGGAAGGACAUGAUGUUUUCCAUAGUCACGGCAAUACUGCUUGCUAAUCAAAUCGCGUUGAUAGUUAGUCUACGUGAUUACAAUAUGAAUAGUGCAUGGAUACACAGUAUGGACUCACCAGCAAGCGUGGGGUAUCAACAUGUCGAAUAUAAAGCUGGGGAUGAGCUGCGUUCAGCAAGCUAUCCCUAUGUAUCGGUUAUGGUAUACGUUCCGCGUUCCUUGGAAGGCUCUGGGAAGAUACCUUCUAGCGACAUAUCUCGGACAGUUGACGAGGUGUUGGAGAAUAGUUCCAAAUCCCUCAUCAAGGAGGUUAUACUCUAUGCCCCUGAGAAUUAUUUACUCAGCGGAGCCAGGACAACUAACCCUUUUGUCCGCUUCUGCUCAUCUAAAGACGUCCCGAAGUACAUGGAAUGUACUAGUGAGCAAACGGAUACUAUAAUAUUUGUUCAAGCUGGCGUGACUGGUCUUAAGCGAGACUGGCUCAAUGGUAUCGCUCGAGAGGCCCUGGUCAGGAAGUAUAGCAUUGCAAUACCCGUAGUUCAUUAUGGUGGAACCGAUCGGGUACAGGGAGCAGUUGAUAAAGAUUAUCAUAUAGCGGCUCUGAACAUAGAAAAGAUGGAUGAAAGUCCAGUGAUGCCCCAAUUAGCAGUAUUCGCUACUACCAAGUUCUGGCUUAACGAAAUAGAUACCAAUCAGAAGCUCCUAAGUGAGCAUCGCUCUCUAAGCCUGAGCAUGAGGACUUGGCUGUGUGGUGGACAGAUAAUCGUGUCUCGGUUGUCUGAGGUGACCAUACCACAAGAUUAUAUAGUUACGGCAUCUCAACUGAGACAGCCAUCCGUACCGUUCAAUGAGUGGCUCGUGGAUGAUAUUGCACAAGUCAACAGGAAGUGUCCUCAUGAUCUUGAUUGGUUCAUGUCUAAAUUCCGUGAUCCAUUGGUAUAUGCCAAUGCUAUGGCAUAUGAGAGUUUUAUGCUGCAGAAACCUGAGGGUUGUCUUGCACAUAGGGAUGGAGUAUUCCGAGUGGAGUCAGACUGCAAUCCAAAUGAUAAGGCACAGAGAUUCUAUUGGCAGAAUAAGGGGACUAUGUUGAAGGCCUUAGCAGAGGAGGAUCGUUGCUUGGAUGCAGCUAGCCCUCGCCAGGAGGGUGCGCGUCCAGUAAGCUACUGGUGUAUGGUUGGGAAUGAUAACCAAGAAUUUGAAUUGGAGGGAAACCGCAUUGUGUGGAAGAGUUACUGCCUAGCCUCUACAUCUAAUGGAGAUCUCGAAUUCCAACUGUGUAGGGACGAUACUUCUGGCAACCCCAUUGCCGCACAGAACUGGGUUGAUGCUAAUAAGCGAUGGGAGAAUGUUGAUUCUCUUGGGGCACCAGAGUUAUUCUGA